AUUUCAUUUAUCAAAUUCCCGUCAAUCUCCCUGUUUUACAUUUUCUUUUCCUGAGAAUUUUUAUCGUUACCCCAAUCUUGGUACCAUGCCUCAGACAACGAGGCUCUUCAAGAAACCUCUGAAACGCACUGAUAUCACCAGGAGGCUGGCAAUCCCAUCAAAGAUUCUGGAAUUCUUUCCAAAUUUCAAUGAAGGCCAUACCGUAAAAUUGAACAUUCGGUAUGAGGGUCGGGUGUGGCCAAUGGUAUGUUCCACUAGGAAACAGGGAUACAAAAAACCUGUUUUCUCUGACGGUUGGAUACCCUUUGUUCGCCGCAACUGCUUAGAUGUCGGAGAUGUAGUGACCCUCUACAAGGAAGAAGGUGAAGCAGGAUUCUGGAAUCGGAUUGAGGUGGACAGAGCAACCAGGGCACCUUCAGUUGAUGGGAAUUUGGGUGUUUCAGUCCGCAACAAGGCAUAACCAGAGCGAAUUAGAGUUCAUAUUUCAUCAAGGAGUUGCAAGAUUUAAGGUGAUCUGUAAGAAAAAAAUAUUGAAAUAUUUUUGUAUCGCCAAAGUAUUAGUAGUUUUCUAAACUUUUUUUCUUAUUGGAUUUGAGAUAGUUUAGUAGCGAUUUGGAUCGCAUAAAUAUAAAUCUAUCGUUUACCAUAAGUUCUUUUCUGUUUGAAAAAAAAGAUAGGCCUUCUAUCGAAACGACAUAGGAGAUGGCCAAGAAAGGGUCAACAGAUGU